AUGGCAAAAGGAGAGUCAGCAUUGAACCAAGAAUGGUUUGGUAUCUUAAGGAAGCUGGAGUUCACCGGUCUUUGUCGUGUCCUUGCUGACGAAGUCAAGAGCUUUUUCCAUUUGAAAGUCUGGGUUUGUGUCUCCGAGGAAUUUGAUGUUGUCCGGCUGACGAAGACCAUGCUUCAGGCUGUUACUCCAAGCCUUUCAUUCAAGGGGCAGCCGGAAGUAAAAUUCUGGUGCAGCUCGAAACAAACAUGUUGUAUCGAUGAUGGCUACUUGUGGGACUUAUCAUCUGAGGGAACUCACGAUGAUUGUCUCUCCCUGUUCGCUCGGCAUGCUCUUGGGGCUUCGGAUUUCGGAGGUCAUCCGCACCUUAAAACAAUCGGUGAGGAAAUAGUAAAGAAGUGCAAAGGCUUGCCAUUGGCAGCUAAGAUCCUCGGAGGACUCCUUCGUGCUAAAGGGAAGCCUGAUGAGUGGGAAGACGUAAUGAAGAGCAAGAUUUGGGAUUUACCCGAAGAAAAAAGUGGCAUCCUUCCUGCUCUGAGAUUGAGUUGCCAUUACCUUCCUUUCCAUCUCAAGCGUUGUUUUUCUUAUUGUGCUAUAUUCCCAAAGGAUUAUGAAUUCGACAAGGAAGAGUCGAUUCUGUUGUGGAUGGCAGAAGGUUUCUUGCACCCCACGAAAGGAAAGAAGCAGAUGGAGGACAUAGGAGUUGAAUAUUUUCGUGAUUUAUCGUCGAGGUCCUUUUUCCAGCAGUCAACCGUUCAUAACUUGCCAUGGGCAGCAGAAUCCUAUUUAAGCAAUAAUGUCUUACAAAAGUUGUUGCCGAGGUUAGUCUGCUUGAGAGCGUUGUGUCUGAGUGGUUACUGCAUCGAUGAGCUACCACAUCAUAUAGGCGGUUUGAUACACUUACGGUACCUGAAUUUAUCUCACAUCAUAAUUAAAUCGUUGCCUAAUUCCGUGGGAUCUCUUCUCAACCUACAGACAUUGAUACUGCAUUGGUGCAACAACCUUACCAAGUUGCCUCAAUCGAUUGAGAAUCUGUUUCUUCUUCAUGUUCUUGAUCUUACCGAUACUGAUAGUUUAACAGAGAUUCCAAUGCAGAUUGGCAACCUGAAAAAGCUACAGAUUUUGUCCAACUUCAUUGUGCGAAGGGGUAGCCGGUCUGUCAUCAAAGAAUUGAAGGGCUUGUCACAUUUGCCAAAGGACCUUUCCAUUCUUCGACUGGAAAAUGCGGUUGAUACUCAAGAUGCUAGUGGAUAA